GAGACCUACAAGCUGCCGCACCGGCUGAUCGAGAAGAAGAGGCGCGACAGGAUCAACGAGUGCAUCGCGCAGCUGAAGGACCUGCUGCCCGAGCACCUCAAGCUCACGACCUUAGGUCACCUGGAGAAGGCUGUGGUGCUGGAGCUCACCUUGAAGCACGUGAAGGCACUGACCAAUCUCAUCGAGCAGCAGCAGCAGAAGAUCAUCGCUCUGCAGAACGGUUUGCAGGCAGGUGACCUGUCAUCGAGAAACCUUGAUUCCAGCCAGGAAAUGUUUCGAUCGGGUUUCCAGAUGUGUGCCAAGGAAAUGCUGCAAUACCUGGCGAAGCACGAGAACGGCAAGGAGCUGAAGUCGUCGCAGCUGGUCAGCCACCUGCACCGCAUGGCCAGCGAGGUGCUGCAGGGCGGGGCCGCCCGCAAGGCCGGGGACAUCCCCCCCAAAAUGGUGGACCUGAAGGAGAAGCCCGUGCCCUUGAGCACGGCGGGCGAGGGCCACGGGAAGAACUGCGUGCCCGUGAUCCAGCGGACAUUCGCUCACUCCAGCGGGGAGCAGAGCGGCAGCGACACGGACACGGACAGCGGGUACGGGGGGGAGCUGGAGAAAAGUGACUCCAAACCCGAGCAGCCCUAUUUCAAAAAGGAUACCGACCUCAAGUACGCCGUGCAGGAGAGAAUAAGCUCUAUUAAGCAAGAGACUGAGGACCCGCCAGCCAAAAGGAGCAGGCUGGAGUCGCCGGAGGACGAGGGCCCUUUUGGCAGCGACAUGAUGGGCUCUUCCAGCAGCUUCCUGGGCCCCCACGCUCACCAGCCUCCCCUGUGCCUGCCUUUCUACCUGAUCCCGCCGUCCGCCACCGCCUACCUGCCCAUGCUGGAGAAGUGCUGGUACCCGGCCUCGGUGCCCGUGCUGUACCCCAGCCUCCCGGCCUCUGCCGCAGCACUCACGGGCUUCAUGAGCCCCGAUAAAAUCUCCCCCCCUCUGCUGAUGCCCCAGAGACUCCCUUCUCCUGUCCCGGCCCAUUCCCCCAUCGACUCCUCGGCUCUGCUGCAAGCUUUGAAGCAGAUUCCUCCUUUGAACUUGGAAACCAAAGACUAAGCACAGUGUGA